AUGACGUCGAUCCAGCUCAACGACACGGAGCGGCAGUUGUCGGAUCUUCUGGUGAAAUUUGGCCGCGAUUGGGACGCUAAAAACGGCGGUAGCGACCCUCUAACUCUGCGGUUCACGGGAGGCUGGGUACGAGACAAGCUGCUGGGCCAAAACAGCAACGACAUUGAUAUUGCCAUCAACAGUCUCACGGGUGCCGAGUUUGUCGACCAAUUGCACGCCUGGAUCUCCGCAAACCCCGGAUCGUACCCGGACGAGCUUCGAUCCAAGCAUACCAUCAAGCUGAACCCCGACAAGUCCAAGCACCUGGAGACGGCGACAACCAACCUGUUCGGGCUGGAUGUGGAUUUUGUGAAUCUGCGAAGCGAGGAAUAUAGCGACGAGAGCCGGGUGCCGGUAGUGCAGUUUGGAACGGCCGAACAGGACGCCUACAGAAGAGACGCUACCCUGAACGCUCUGUUCUACAACUUGCAGGAGAAAAAAGUGGAGGAUUUGACUGGGCGAGGCCUGGCUGACCUGGAGGAAGGAAUUCUGCGAACUCCUCUUGCACCUAAACAGACUUUCAAAGAUGAUCCUCUCAGAGUUCUUCGUCUGAUUCGGUUUGCAGCUCGGUUCAACUUCCAGCUGGCUCCUGAAGCCAUAGAAGCCAUUGUCAGUGGCGAGGAUAUCAAGCAUGCUCUGGAGACCAAGAUUUCACGUGAACGGGUCGGGAUCGAGCUCGACAAAAUGUUUUCGGGGCCCUGUCCUGAGUACGGACUGAGACUGAUUGCCAAGCUGGGUCUGGAACAUGAAAUCUUUGGACUGCCGGAUAAGUACGCCACCAAGGACACCACCAAGCCCAUCUUCCAUCUCUCCAGGGCCGUAGACACGUGGGAGGCCAUUCGAAGCAGCGAAAACUUGCAUAUCAACUUGCUGACGGCAUACUCUGGAGAAACAAAAAAAAUGAUCUGGGCACUGUGUGCUCUGUAUCCCUGGGACAAGAUCACGGCGGUCACCGAGAAGAACAAGCCGUGCCUGGCGCUGUUUAUGAUCAUCAGAGAAGGUAUCAAAUGGUCCACUCACGAUGGAGAUGUGAUUACGGCUGCCAUCAAUACUGUGGAUGCUAUUGAAGAGGCUGUGGAGGGUGUUAACGGAGGCAACAAGCCGUCUCGUGCAGACCUGGCGCUGCUGGUGCGUAAAUGCGGCGAGCAUUGGACUGCCAAUGUGCUGUUUGCCGCCCAAAAAACCAUUGUCUCAGGCGCUGAUAUGGAGUCUACUCUUAAGCGGUACUCGGCUUUGGUGGAUGCGAUUGUGGACCAGAAGGUGGACGAUUCAUGGAGUGUCAAGCCCUUGGUGAAUGGCAAGGAGAUUAUGGCGACUUUGCAGGCCAAGCCGGGUAAAUGGCUGGCGACGCUACUGAAUGAUGUUGUUGUUUGGCAGUUUACUAAUCCCGAAGGAACCAAGAAGCAGUGUCUGGAUUAUGUUGUGGAGCGGAAGAAGCAGUUGGAGUGA